AUGGAAGGGAUGCCAUCACCACCGGCUGGACUGUCAUCUCUGCCCCCUGAGUUGGGCGAUUAUAUCGCCAGCUUCUUAACCAACCGCGACAUCAAAUCACUGCGCCUCACAUCUUCUUCUGUAUGCAGAAUCGUCACCUUGCGACUAGAACGGGUUUUCAUUGGGGCAAACCCCCGCAACAUCCAAGUCGCUUAUGAAGUCGCAAACCACGAAACCUUUCGCAAGCGCGUGAAAGAGAUAAUUUGGGACGAGACCUAUUUUAACCGGGAAAGUGUAGCAAUGCGUGACUACUCAAAGAAUGAUUGGUAUACUCAUUUGUGCAGAGACGAGAUUGGUCGACUGGCUAUGAGCAAGGGAAGGCCGGGCGAUGCUGCCAGAAUGUGCCAGCUUGCAGCAGCCAUGGGGUCAGUGGAAUCUAUUGAAGUCUACAAAGAGUUGCUGCGAGGGCAGAGCUCGGUGCUCGAGUCCGGGGCGGAUGUCAAAGCAUUCGAAUAUGCCCUCGACAGAUUCACUUCGUUGCGCCGAGUAACCAUCUCGACCAAGACCCACGGGAGAUUAUUCAUGCCCAUAUACCAGACACCCAUGAUCCGAUCGUUUCCCUAUGGUUUCGUGUAUCCUUUCCCACGUCCUGUCAUUCAGGGGUCCUACUUCUUUCGAAACAACGAGACGAUUGAGAGACGCGGUGUGUAUAGCACCCUGAGGGCGCUUGCAAAACAUGGAAAACACAAUGUAUCAGAAUUCAUCAUUGACGACGAGAUGAGAUAUCGCCUUGGGCGUUCUGAUGGAACCGAUGACAAGACCGCGCUCGCCGACCUCCGUUCACUCGUUCAAAGGCCUGGCUUCCAUAGACUACAUCUACAUAACAAACAUCCGAUCCAGAUGUACAAAGUUCUGGAGAAAGCAGAAAAUCUACAAAGUCUUUGCUUCCAAGUAGAAGAUUAUGAUCCGAGUCACAGAUGGAAUCCCUCGGCCGCGCAAGCGUCAGAUGGAGUGGCGGCUCAAAUGAACAUAUCCUUGAAUUUCCUAUGCCACUCUCCCAAAGCCUGCAGAACCUCGCAAUCAAAGGAUCGACCUUUGCGGCCCAAGGUGACAAUUCUAUUUUCAGAAAUGCUCCGUUCACCGGUCCAGAUUUUGAAGAUUGAUUCGCAAGUCAAUGAGUUUCUGUAUGAAGAUGGGGAAAAUCCGUUUUCGCCCACGGAAUAUUGCCGCGAUAUUAUGUCUCAUGAGAUGAGCUACAUCAUAUGGAUGCGCAGUGGUAAAGGAUUCUGGAUAGACGAACUUGAUCCAGAGUAUGAGCGACCAAACUACGACGAGAAUAUACUGGAACGUCUGCACCGUGAGCAAAACUUCUCGAUACGCGAACUCAGACGACCCAAUUCCUGGGGGGAUGGACCUUGGGGACCUCAAACAUGCCCUACAUUGGAAGAACAGGGUAUAGAUCCUGACUGCGGGGGAUAA